AUGGCAGCCACCAGCAGCAGUGAAAUGAUUGCAGACAACCCUUCAUCGGAAAACUGCGAAUUACUUCCAGGUUUUAAAGAUGUCAGCGAGUAUUCCCAGCAAGCACUUGGCACCUUGAUGCAGGCGACUAGAGCAGCUCAUGGUCUACCAGCGUGUGGUGACGACUAUGACUUCUACUCAAGCUAUAAAACAUUCAGGGAAUAUUGCCAUACCCAAUCCGAGAGACUCUUAUCAAACAUCAACAGUGUAAUGAGUCAACAAGGCAGUAAUGCUUGUCUGACAAGUGGAAGUUCAGCUCCAGAACUGGAAGAUAAAACAGAUGCUAUCAUUGAGACAAAUGACCUCAUUCUGGAACAAGUGGGUCUGUUAUUGGAUGAAGCAUCAGGACUAAUCAAACCAGGCAAGGCUGGUCUCCCUCCUGGCUCACAACCGAAGAAUGCUCCACCCAAACUCAUGGUAGCUAGUUGGAAUAGACAGAACCAAUCGGACUCUGGUAAGGGGCGUUCCUUCCACAUGAUGCAUGCUAAGAACAUCCCUCGACCACAGCUGAAGUUCAAGGACAAGAUUGAUAAUGCAAAUAUGCCAUUUGUACCCAAACUCUCCCACAAACCUAAUGCCUUAAAGCCCCUCAAUCAAGGCAUUUCUUCUGUGACAAAGACGAGCUCCUCAGGUGACAAGGAUGUUCCCGAUGCUGUAUCAAACUUCAUCCAUCAACAACGAGUUGGUAAUCAGAACAGCCAAGAUAUUUCAGCACAUCCAUACCAGUAUGAGUUAGACCAUUUGAAACCUGACCCUUCAAUGCUUGUUCGUGUUGACUCGCCAUCAUUUGCUUCUCUAGAUGAAGUCCCCGUCUCUCUAGUAGAUACUGUCCAGCAGUUAAAUGAGUUAAGUCAACUACUUGAUAAACAAAAGGAGUUUGCUGUUGAUUUGGAGCACCAUUCUUACAGGUCUUUCCAGGGAUUCACAUGUUUAAUGCAGAUCUCUACCAGUCAACAUGAUUUCAUCAUCGAUACACUGGCAUUAAGAAGCGAACUGCACAUUCUCAACAACUCCUUCACAAAUCCAGCUAUAGUCAAGGUAUUUCAUGGCGCUGAUAUGGACAUUGAAUGGCUGCAGAGAGAUUUGGGUAUUUAUGUAGUCAACAUGGUUGAUACUGGACAGGCAUCUCGCAUCCUAGGCAAAGCAAGAAACUCUCUUGCUCAUUUACUUCAGUUAUAUUGUGAAGUAAAUGCUGAUAAGAAGUACCAGCUUGCUGAUUGGAGGAUACGACCUUUACCUGAAGAGAUGCUGAAAUACAGUCGUGAGGAUACCCACUAUCUGCUGUACAUCUACCACAAGAUGAAGAAUGAGUUAAUAGAGAGAGGCAACAAGACCAAUAAUCUACUCCUUCAGGCCAUUGAGCGCAGUAGACAAGUUUGUCUCAGGAGAUAUCACAAGCCAAUCUUCACUGAUGAGUCUUAUCUAGCACUGUGGAGGAAGAACAAGAAAACCUUCAAUGCUAAACAGUAUGAGGCAUUGAAGCUGUUGUAUAAAUGGCGUGAUCGUACAGCUAGACAAGAAGAUGAAAGUACUGGUUAUAUCCUGCCAAAUCACAUGCUCUUACAAAUAGCUGAGAAUCUACCGAGGGAAGCUCAUGGAAUCUUGGCAUGCUGCAAUCCAAUCCCUCCACUCGUUAGACAACAGCUUAACGAGGUGCAUCAGCUAAUCCUAAAAGCUAAGGCUUAUCAAGGCAAGAUUAAGAUACCAAGCUCAACUCCAAAGACGGCCAGCCCACCAAGUCAGAAAGGGAUGUUUCCAUUGAAGCCAAUACCUGCAGUGUCAAACAGUCUGCUGUACUGUCCUCAUGACCCUACACCUCAACCUAACAGUCAGACUGAUGAUCAAGGUCACAGCCAGCCCACUCACGUCGCUCAUCAUUCAAGUCUCUUUGGUAGUCGAGCCUGCUCUAUAGAAUGCAGGACCGCCCAGCCUAUCAUUACUGCAUUUGAUGUGAAUGGCACUGGUAAGGAAGUCAAGAUGACACCUGGGCAGUUGAAAGUAGCUGUGCUGAAGUCCUUAUUGGUCAAUCCAUUUGAAAAGUAUCUUGCACCCAAGGAUCCAGUCCAGAUUAAAACGGAUGUUCUAGAGGCAGAUAAGAUCUCUCUAUCUUCAGCUUUAAGUAAGCAGAGUUCAACAGCAACCCAGAUCUCUACAUUAGAGAAUCACCUGCAAGGAUCACCUACAAUGUGGAAACUCAAGAAGAUGACACCUGCCAUACCCGCUGUAAGACAGACUCCAGCCAGUAAGAGUCAAGUUACUAACGAGAGCAGAACCAAUGAGGAUGACACCAAGACUACUGAGGCUCAGGCUGUACCACUAAGGAAACAGAAGCGUAAAUCUCCCCCAUCGGACUCCGCAGUCAUGACGUACAGGCCACCAGCUAAACGAGAGAAGGUAGCACAAGAAACUACAAGAAAACCUUACAUGGAUUCAAAGGCUGCAGUAUUCAAACCAUUUGACUACAGUAAGGUCAAUACAACAGAGAGUAACGAGCCGAGUGGUAGAGGACGGGGAAAAAGUUAUCAAAGAGGAGGACGAGACGGCCAAGGUCGUGGGCGUGGUGCCCGUGGGGGUGGGGGUUGGGGUGUGUCAAAACAGUUUGACCCAUACUCUCAUACAUCAACACGAGGUCGUCCUGACUUUAAGAGUAAGAAUCGUCCUAACAUGGCCCACCCUAAAGGAGAGCGAAGUAUGACCUACUCGAAGCAGGACUCAGGAAGGCAUUCGGGAGGCAGGCAUCCGGGAGGCAGGCAUCAUUGGCCUAAGAGAUAGACUUGUUGUCACAUGCUUACUGAAGGUAGCAAUUAUCAACGAAUCCAUGGUAUAGCCUCUGUUUAUCUUCACAUGUACGUUCAGGAGUACCCACAAGCUCAAACUUUACACCCUACCCAUAAAUCUCUGAAAGCCGUGUUCGCAUUGGACUUAAAAUGCAGGGAUGAGAUUGUUCAGACUUUUGGCUGAAUUCAGACCUUUUAU